AUGGUAGUAGUUCGACAGCCUUUUGGGAAACUGUUGAUGACCGAGAGCUCAGACGACCCACCAGUUGUGCCAUUGAGCAAGCUUAACAAGGUCGCAGAUUUGGCGUCAGCAAAUGCUUCCGAAGAAGACAAGAUUGCUGCGAUGAUGAAUCAAGCUAGAGAAGACCGGGAUCCAUCAUCCUAUGCAAAAGCAAAAGGUCGACAUUUUAAUCCAGCUCCCCGUCAACCUCCACCGCAAAACUAUAUGUGCUUUCGAUGUCGCAAACCUGGACACUGGAUUCAAAACUGUCCCAAGAAUAACGAUCCAAAUUAUGACCUAAAGAUACGACGAACAACUGGAAUCCCUAAGAGCUUUCUUCGUCCCGCUGAAAAGCCUGGUCAGAAAGGAGCUUUGUUGGUGCCUGAAACUGGAGAACAUGCUGUACCGAUUGUUGACCACAUUGCGUACGAACAAGCGGCGUUAAAGAAACGACCGGCGGCCAUUACCAGUCAAGCAAAAAACGAGAAACCCGUUCCACCCGAGUAUUUCUGUCCAUUGUGUAAGAAUAUUAUGAAGAAUGCAGUUGUUGUUCCUUGUUGUGGGGAGAGCUUCUGCGAUAACUGUAUAGAGAAAUAUUUAUUAGAAAACGAUCACGUGUGUUUAUCAUGUCACUCGGAAGAAGUAUUUCCUGCCUCCAUUGUUGUCAACAAGCACCUAAGACAGGCAAUUAUUAAGAUCCAGUCUUCAGGAUUUGAGGCGGGAGGAUUGGGUACAACCAUGUCUUUACCAAAUGGACACAGAGAUGAAGAGCAGGGAAAAUCAACGCCUGUUACAGCUCCCAAUGCAGAAGCUUCCGCUGUGCGUGUGUUGGAUGAAACCAAGAAGGCUGCUUCGGGCACUUCUACACCUCUGACAGUUUCGCAGCUCACAGUAACUGUAGCUAAAGUCACUUCUGCCCCAGUCACAAUGUUACCGCCUGGAGUGGUUCCACCUACUCAAGCUACGAUGAUUGAUCCGCGCUUGCAAAGGUCUGAAGGCAUUCUCCAGCCCAUGGCAGUUCCCAUGCAUGUAGCUACACCUCUUCAUCGACCAACCUUCAUAGUGUCUGCUCCUUCCUUCCAUCAUACAUCGCUGGUACAUCUAACGGUUCCUGCUAUUCCAACACCGUUCGGUCACCAUAUCGCUCAUUCAGCCAUGUUGCCCCCAACCAGACAUCCUUUCGCUAAUCUUAAUGCUGGCAUGAUGAAUGAAGAGGAGUUCUAUCGUGCAAAGCAAAAACUACAAGAAAGGUUAGUUAUCGCGUAG